AUGCCCGGCUGGGAGGAAGCGACCGCGGUACAGAAGGUAUCGACCGACACAUAUUCGUGCGUUCUGCAUGAUGACUGGUGCAUCGGCAGUGUACCGAAUGGCGGCUACGUAACCGGUUGUCUGCUUGAGGCUGUCAAGAUGCACUUUGACACAUCUCUGGCGAAGCAAAACCAGCCGCACACCAUUGCGUUGCAUGUUGAGUUUCUGCGGCGCACUCAGACUGGCCCGGCUCUCUUCAAAAUCGAAGAUGUGAAACUCGGCCGCCAAACGUCUAUUGUCCACGUGAGCAUGGAGCAGGAAGGACGCCAGGAGAUUGUGGCCUACGUGACCAACUCCAACAUCACUGCAGAGGAGGGCUUCACGUUCGACACACAGCACGAGCUGCUGCCCGCACCGCCUCCCGUUGACCUGGCCAAACUGGAGACAGACACAGAUCCACUGUGGAAGUGGACAGAGGUCCCAUUCGCCAAGUUCCGCAGGGCGACAGCACAGGUCAAGUUCUACCUGCCUCGAGGUGGCUCGGUGAAACCAAACAUCGUAGAUGAAUGGAUCUGCUGGUCGGACGGGCGAAACUUCAACCAAAGCUCAAUAGGCUUCGCGUCCGACAUGUUCCCGCAGAUUGUCGAGAACUUCAAGAACACGAACAAAGCCUUCUGGUACCCGACACUGCUGCUGAACCUCGACGUUAAGAAGUCGCUUCCAGCCGAGGGUGUCAAGUGGCUCAAUGUUCGCGCAGAGCUCAAGCAGGUCAAGAACGGGAGGAUGGAUCUCGGGAUCUGGGUCCGUGACGCAGCUGGCGAAUUAGUUGCAUUGAGUAAUCAUGUUGGAUUCGUAUUGGAUGCAUCGAGGAACACUGCUGCUAGGAGGAAGCCGGACGCGAAGAUAUAG